AUGUCGACGGCAGGACCCUGGCAAUCCCUUCCAUAUAGGACCGCCAAAGCUGGGUGGAGUGAGGACGUCGGAGGCUCGCACAGCCCUGAACGUGGACGGCCACUUGAACAUGGGGAGUUCCUGGUACGUUGCGCAACGCUCCUCAUGGUUCUGGACGGCGUCGCCGUAGCGACAAAGACUGAAGCAGCAGCGGUUGAGCCACUCCAGCAAUGGUUUUUGGCACACGACACCAGCGCAUCAAUCGGAGGGGAUGAAGGGCCUGCCUUACCCUUGAAGGUAUGGCAGAAAGACAUUGGAGACCGCUUUCGGCAAGAAUAUGAGUGGCACGUACUGGCCAGCUUGAGUCUGGCCGUGGCAUUUCUCCAUGACAAAACUCGGCAAAAGAACGAGGCUUCUCAAGAGGUGUCCAAGGAAGAGCUCGAUGAUGUCUGGCAAAUUGUAAGAGAUUGCUUGGUCUUCUCACCGGAGCGACAGCUCUUCACUGCCUCGCGCAGCGCACAGGGAUUCCUGUCUGUCCCAUUGUGCAGUCUGCAAAAAGAGGGCAACAUUGAUCUGCUUUAUCGCCUGCACAUAUGGCUGCCUGACGGGAAACGCGGAAACCCAGAUUUCGCAAUACACUCCCAUCAGUGUUUCGCUCAAAGCUGGAUUCUGGCUGGGCAAGGCAAAGACAACACUUACGACGUCACCCCCGAGGAAAUCCCUGGGGAAGCUACCCACGCCGAGUUCGCGCUCGUUUGGAGUGACGUCAAUGGCAGCAAUGUCGGGAAGUCAUAUAAGACGCACCAGAAGUUUUCCAGGAUUGAGAAUACGAGGAAAUUGGUGUGCACCAAGGUGAAGUCGUCUAGCACUCAUACAGCGGGUAUGUCCUACACAAUACCAGAGGCAGCCUACCAUACUACGACCGUGUCGCCCAAAGGGAUGCACGCGACAUUAUUCGUCUUUGACUCUCGAAGGGGAUUCAAGCAAGAUGCGGGAAUUCUGGGCCCAAAAUACGAAGAAUUCUCUUCUCAGAGCCGAGAUCCCGACACAGCGAUUCCAUCCAUGCUUGCCAGGAAGAUCGACGUUGUACGCAAAUGGGAAAGGCUCAUUCGCCGAGGACGUAUGUUAGCUGAGGGCUCAGACUUGGACGGCGCCUUGUCAGCCUUCGACGAGGCUCUGAAAGAAGUGGAGGCAUACGACUACUUUCCAAAUGCUCCCCAGUACAAGCACCAGACGCAGGGCGAUCGAGCGAAGAUAUAUCUUCGUUUCGGCAAAUAUAAAGACGCGGAAAACAUCCUUCGGUCAACCGUUCAGGAAAUGGCCCCCAGCGUUGAGCGCGUUGAACUCGAGGGAGAGCUAGCCCUCCUGUAUGGUGGCAUGAAACAGCUCGACGACUACAAGCAAGCUUGUAAGGAUGCAUACGACACUGCAAGACGGCUGAAUGUCGACCAUCUCAUGUGCCGGACAGUCGGAGCCCUGGGAUUAGUGAACUAUUUACUCUAUUUGCGUGAUCGAAAUGAAAGUAUACUGGAGCUUGCUAUAUUCCAACUUCAAGAGCGUGUCUACUUGGCACUGAAACUCAAGGAACAGGCCUCUAAGCUCCUCGACCCUGUUACAAAGAACAGCGAGGUCAAGUCUGCUCUCACAAGAGCAUCGAUUGGCUAUGGCCGUUUGUCGCUGUGUUAUGAAGCACGUCAAGAUGUUCCAAAUGCUACCGCAGCGAGCUUGGACUCAUUGAAAAUGGCCAUCGAGUCAGGAAGCGCCUCUGUGAUAGCCAUGUCACGCUACUUCUACGGUCGAGCCCUGUUACAAGCGAAUCAAUCAGGAGACGCGCUAAGACAGUUUAAUCCACCAAAGACAUGUACCCCGGCUAUGGCGUUGUGUAUGGAACCUUCGGAUGAGAACCGUGAAUACUUAAAACAAAUCGUCGAAGCUGGUGCGGACAUGGAUCUUGUUGAUGAGCAGGGCUACACAGCUCUGGACUAUGCAGUCUACAAUGGAAACCUGGAAAUGGUGACCCUACUCCUCGAAGCACUACGCCGCAAUUUUGGAUCUGCCGACUUUGUUCAAGCGCGUGUAGAUCGCUUACACCACGAGGCUAAAGUCCGGAGAGGAUACAGGGAGAUUUUCCAGGAGAAGCUCCGACCAAUUCUACUCGAGGCUCAAAGUCGAGGAGGCGGGGUGGCCCGAACAGUCUCCGGUCUGCGUCGGACCUAUGCAAAUGCCCUUGGCGCUCAAGACAGAAGCUCGCUCUUCGAUAAACUCAGAUACGUCAAGUACACGGACUUCGUGGCACUAGGUCGGCUACCCCAUUCAGAAGACGUCGAAAUCAUUCAAGAGUACGAUGCAGAUGUUGCGCAGGGUGUGACGCAAGAUCAGCGUGAUGACGACUUUGUAAUUUUCAUAUCAUAUCGCUGGAUUUACAUGGACGUGAUAAGAAUGAUCCAGUCACCUGAUAACCCUUCUGAUAAUAGACAAUAUUUGAGGAUGAUCAGGGCAGUAAAUGAGUUUCUACUACAGAAUCCUUCGAUUAGCAGGGAUAGAGUCGGAAUAUGGAUUGACAGUGCAUGUAUCAAUCAGAAAAACCCGGGGCCUGGGGUGUCAGCAUUACCUAUUCUCCUCGCCCAGUGUGAUGUUGUGAUCAGUCUCGUAGACAGAGACUAUUACAAUCGCGCAUGGUGUUGCAUCGAAGUUGCAAUGGUUCAGCAGCUUAGCAGAUCAUACAAAUUGCACCAUUGGUACGAGCAUAAGGACAGCACCGAAGGGCAAAACGGAGAGAAACUUGAACGUGGACCGAUAGAUAAGAUAAUCAACAUGACAGAGAAGCAGCUGACAUACGAGUCUGACCGGCCAAAGGUACUCUUUCUUGAGAGGCAGAGCAGGUUGCUCGGGCGAGAUGUUGAUUUACAGUAUUGA